AUGGAUUCGACGGCGCGGUCAGCGACACGCUGGCCUACCGAUCCUGACGCUUAUCCGCAGCGACAUGAAGAAAAGGAAUCUUCACCAAGGCCAUCAGUAACCGAGCUCUCGCACCAUCGCAUCAGCCAUGGCUCGGAGCAAGGAACCUCCGCCGCAACUAAGAACGAGGCGCAAUGGGUGACUGGCAUGAAGCUCGUCGCUCUCACGAAUUUGCUCGUCGUGGCCAUGUUUUUGAUGAUGCUCGAUACCUCCAUCAUCGCGACCGCAAUCCCCCGCAUCACAGAUGAAUUCCGGUCUCUCCAAGACGUUGGUUGGUAUGUUAGCAUUUACCAGUUGGCCAACGCAGCCCUCCAACCGCUCUGGGGUAGGAUUUACGACAAAUUCAGCAACAAGUCGUCGUUCCUAACUUCCCUCGCCAUCUUUGAGGUGGGAUCACUCGUUUGUGGGGCGGCUGUGUCCUCCAGAAUGCUCAUCGCUGGGCGUGCCGUUGCUGGUAUCGGCAGCGCCGGUCUUAUAAGUGGAGGGUUGACCAUCACGGCGUCUGCUGUGCCCCUGGAGAAGCGCGCUCCACUAACUGCAAUGCUCAUGGGCGUUGCACAGCUCGGUAUCGCCAUCGGCCCGCUUCUUGGUGGCGCGUUCACUUCUUACACGACGUGGCGCUGGUGCUUCUACAUCAACCUCCCUAUCGGCGGCCUUCUCGCCCUCGGGUUGCUUUUCCUUCCGAUCCCCGAUCAAUACAGCAAACCAAGCCCGUGGCCAUUACUUCGGAGACUCCACCUUGAACUCGACCUUCUCGGUUUCGCCCUGAUCGCGCCGGCCUGCUUCCAACUCCUACUCGCCUUGUCUUGGGGUGGCAGCAAGUUCGCGUGGGACUCGUCGGUCAUAAUAGGGCUUUUUUGUGGCGCUGGCGCAACAGGAUUAUUCUGGGCUGCAUGGGAUUGGUAUCGGGGAGAUGAGGCCUUGAUCCCAUUCUCCAUCAUCGGCACAGGUUAUGUCAUCCCAUAUGCCAUGCUUGCUGCCGUCCUUGGUUCCAUCUCCAACGGGCUCUACUCAACCUUCUCCCCAACCACCCCCCCGGCCAAAUGGAUUGGGUAUCAAAUUCUCAACGGAAUCGGCCGCGGUGUGGGCAUGCCAAUGGCAAUCCUCGCAGUCCAAGCGGCGCUGUCCCCGGCUGACCUCGCUAUGGGGAACUCGGUUGUCAUUUUCGUACAGAGUCUUGGUACUGCCAUCACACUCGCUAUAUCCGACGCGAUCUUCCAGGGGAGCCUGCAAUCCCAGCUUUCUCAACAAGCCCCUCACGCCGACGCUGCCGUUAUCAUCGCCGCCGGGGCAACCCACUUCCGCAACAUUGUUGAAGAGCAGGACUUACCUGGCGUGUUGGCAGCGUAUUCUGUUUCGCUCAACCGUGUCUUCUACCUGGCCGCCGGCGUCAGUAGCUUGGGGUUGAUCACAUCGCUCGGCAUGGGAUGGGUGAACGUGAGCAAGAAGCGACCUGUUGACAACGACGAAAUUCCGCUCCAAAAUCUCGGUGCGUAA